GUCUCAAAACCGUCAGUUUAUGGUUUGAACUAUAUUAGUGUAAUUUUGGAAACAGGAGAUGAUGUAAAGAUUCGUGCUUAUGUUUGCAAAAGAGUUGAAGAAGCUAGCACAAGGCCUACUGUAUUAAUACUUCAUGGACCUGGUGGUAAUAUGGGUCAUAGAUUACCAAUUGCACAAAAGUUUUAUAAAAAUUUCAAAUGUAAUGUUAUGUUGGUUUCUUACAGAGGAUAUGGUAAAAGUGACGGAUCUCCUUCAGAAAACGGACUUCGUCUGGACGCACAGGCUGCAUUGGAUUACAUUAAGCAAGAUAGUAUAUUAAAAGAUACGAAAUUAAUAGUAUAUGGACAAUCACUUGGCGGAGCUGUAGCACUCGACUUGACUUCUAGGAACGAAUCUAAAAUUGAUGCACUAAUUAUUGAAAAUACUUUUUUGAGUAUUCCAAAAGUGAUUCCCCAUAUAGCCCCAAAGCUUCGCUAUUUAACUUUCCUUUGUUCCGAAAUUUGGCCAUCUGAAAGUUACAUAACAAAACUUCAAACGAUUCCAAUUUUAUUUCUUUCAGGUUUAAAAGAUGAAGUUGUCCCACCUCAACAUAUGAAAAUUUUAUAUGAUCUAGCGAACACUAGUGGUGGAAAAAUGUUUCAGGAAAUAGAGAAUGGGUCACAUUAUGAUACUGUUUCACAGUCAGAUUAUUUUCCAAAGAUCGGAGAGUUUUUUACAAAGAUGUUGGGUGAAGAAUUCUGUUAA